ACUCGUACAGUGUAUCUGAAAUAGCAUAGUAGUUUAAAUUAAUUUAUUAUUAAGGAAUCUACCACAUAAAAUGUUACAUGAGGCUACAUAACACAAUCUCAUCUACCAAAAAUUUCUUUUCCAGGUCCACGCGCGGUCAAUGACAAGUAACAAAAAGAACCCAAGAAAUUAAACAAAAAGAACCAUACAUACAUAAGAUACACAUCAUAAAAUCGCAGUAGCUACAACGUGGUCGGUACUCGUAUAUCCCCCCACUUUCCCGAAACGAAAACUUAAAAAUGCCGCCGCAGCACAGCCCUGAAUCGAUAUUCGCCGUCGCGGUCACGUGGCGCGCGGUCCCCCUCUCUCUCGACCAAUCAGCUCAGCGCAGAGCCGCGGCAGGCUCCGCCCCCCCGUCGAAGGAACGACACCGCGACACAGUGAUGGACAUUCGUGGGAUUUUUCCUGAUCAUGCGUAUUGGAGCGAGUGUUGCAGUCCUCACUGCUGUAUACACUUACUUAGAAUUUAGGGUACCAUUGGAUCCCACUUGAAGAGUGGAGGAGGAACGCGAUGAACAUAAAGGACAGCGAAUAAAGAAGAGAACGGAGCGAGUACAUCAGGGUAUGCGGUAAGUUUUAUCGUUCCAUUCCUCGAUCAUACAUGUAUACUCUUCCAUAAGUAUAUAUGGUCGAAGGUUGCAUUGUCUCCCUGAGAUACCUGAUCCCAGAUCAUGUUACACUCAGUUACACUACUCGGCGAUCGAACUCCUCUACCCUCUUUGCCUCUUUGCCUAUAUACUGAAGGUGUACCCCUCAAGCAGCGAUGCCAGACGUGACUGUCAUCGCGCAUGCGCACUGGUUUUACCAUCAGUAAAGUAUCUAAUACGACCAUAAAAUUGGCGCUCUUAGUUGACCGAAAGAAAAAUAAAAUUCUGAAUGAAAACUUUAAAUAUUUCUUAUCAUACAAUAAUAUUAAUUGUGUGGGUAAAUUGUAACAUAGUCAUACUGGUGGAAAUAAUUUUUCGGACAAAACACAUCCUUUAUAACUAAAAAAAAACGGUUUUCAUGGUUUAGGCGCCAACAUUGCUACGGAAUCAUACACUGUUUCCUAUAGCUACAGCACUGCGCGUUCAGCAUUUCUCGACGAGCAUGCGCGACUAGGAGCCACAUCUGUCAUCACAGUCCCCAGUGGUGGGGAUGGCUUUUGUGCAUUUAUCGUAGGGAAAUUGUGCAUUUAAGGAGGCUAUAUUGUAACGACGUGAGGAAAAACAUACUGAAACCUGGAAUGUUUCCAGUGUAACACGAACUCUUUUGAACCUUUAUUUGUAAGAACAAUUAUAUUUACUUUCUUUUUAAUUUCUCAUUAGUUAUAUUCAGUGUUUCAUAUAUUUAGUAUUGUACUUAUUACUCAUAUUUAGUAUUAGCGUAAGUGUUGGAUUCCCUAUUUAUAUUUAAUGAUGGCAAGCGUAAAAAAAAUGACAUUGACAAUGCAGCAGCGACUAGACGUUCUGAAGGAUCUGGAGACAUUCUCUGUUGAAACUGUCGCAAAGAAAUAUAAUGUUCACCGUACAACUAUUAUUCGGAUUCGAAAAAAAAUAUCAGAAAUUAAAGCAAUUGAACCUUUAGAUUGGAAGAUGAAGCAGCGUCAGAGAAACAAAAAACCUAUGAACCAGGAAUUGGAGAACCAUUUGUUGACUUGGUUCUUUGAGAAACGAACUAUAGGAGCUCAUGUUACAGAUGCACUGCUACUAGAAAAAGCAGUUCAAUUGAAGGAGGAGUUUGGAGCAUCUUCUCAAUUUAAAGCAAGCAGAGGGUGGCUUUCAAAAUUCAAACAGCGAAACAAUAUUAGAUUAGUCCGUGCAUAUGACAAAGAAGCUAGUGCCAACAACAAUGGUGAAAAACCUAGCGUCAAUGACAAUGACAAAAAAACUAAUGCCGAUGACAACGAGGAAAAACCUAGCUCUGAUGACAAUGGUGAAAAAGCUAAUGCCGAUGACAGUGAGGAAACACUUAGUGCUGAUGACAAUGGCGAAAAAGCUACUGCCGAUGACAAUGGUGCACGUCAAUUUCUGACUGAGUUCUAUAACUUCAUGGAAGAAGAAGAAAUAAAUCCAGAGAAUAUUUAUAACAUGGCUGAGACUGGGUUACUGUGGAAAGCUUUACCAGUGAGAACUUUGGUGAGCAAAACAGAGAAAUCUGUAAAUGGACAUACGAUGAAAAAGGAUAGGCUGACAUUAGGGCUGUGUGCUAAUUCCACAGGCACGCAUAAACUUAUGCCUCUCUUAAUUUAUAAGUGUAAGCAGCCAAAGGCAUUGAGAAAUAGCAUGGAUCAACUACCUGUUGUAUUUCAAGCCCAAGCCAAUGCGUUAAUAGAUCAAACCUUAUUUACCGAUUGGUUUGACAAUUACUUUAAAAAAAGUGUUCAACAACGCCAAUCAGAAACUGGACUCUGUGGAAAAGUUAUUUUGUUACUAGAUAAUUCUGCACGUCAUAAAUUUCUCCCAAAUUAUGUACAGGAUGAAAAUUUUAUAAUUAAAUAUUUGCCACCAAGUACUACAUCCUUGAUCAAACCAAUGGAUCAAGGAAUUAUUGAAACAUUCAAAAGAAGUUUUCGACACAAAAUGGCUUGGAGGCUGCUCCAUAACGAAGGCGAUGUGAAUAAUUUUGAUAAGCAAUAUACGCUACAGCAUUGUAUAAAUAUGAUCGACAAAGCCUGGGGAGAAAUAACAAGCAAUGAUAUUAGAAAAGCUUGGGGUAAAAUUAUUACAAAAACAAAAAAUAGAGCAGAAUAUGAAGAAGAAGAGAAAGGGGAAAAUGUUGUACUAGAAAUGCAACAGAUUUUAACACGCAUUUCGGGGCAUGAUACAACAUGUGAAGAAAUUGAAGAGUAUUUUAAAUCGUGUAGAAUGGAAGAAGACAGAAGUUUGGAAACAAUUGAAGGUACAGUCGAAAGCAGGAGUGAAGAAAUGGUUAAAAAAAAAGAAAGCUAUGAAGAAUGGGACGAAGAAAGGGAUAAAGAUUGGGACGGAGAAAGGGAUAAAGAUUGGGACGAAGAAGUAAACGAAGAAAGGGAUGAAGAAAGAAAUGAAGUUGACCAAACGCUGCAACGAGGAAUCCCUUUAAGUACAGAAGAAAGAGAGAAAUUGGAAGAUAUAUUCAAAUACCUGGAAAGUUUCAAAAACCGCAUUCUUCCUUCGUCUCAAUUCCAUAUAGAAGGACUGAAAAUAACAUUUUUAGGUCUAAAUGAAUUCAAUCAAAAUAUUAGGUAAUACGUCAGGUUAUUUUCAUAAAUUCAUUUGACACAUAUUUUUUUGUAGCUGCUAAUAUUCAGACAUUGUUUUGCCAUAAAUUGGAGAAAUUUAUGUUUAUUUUUUCGAAAACUAUCAUUCUGAAAAUUACAGCGACUAAUUCCUUAACUAACUAUAUAACAUUAGAAUUAUCCAGCACGAUAAUACAACCAGCCCUUUUCAGGGCUCCCAGAUAUAUUUCAUGGUUCGCAGGAGUUCUUUUCGUAAUCAGAGCUACCCCAUGUUUGUAAAUACGAAACGUAAAAUAAGAUUAUUUUUAUCGUUAUCGUUAAUUUAAAUAAAUAUGUAUAUAAAACAUUGAAGUUGAGUUGAAAAUGGAUCUAAAGGUGUCCCAAAAAUGUUGUAACACCUUGAAAG